GAUCUGGUGACCCUCCUCCACAGAUAGAGCCAUAGGGCCAUAAGUCCAUAGACUCUUUCUUCUCCUUCCGUCCUCCCAUAUACCCUUAGCCUAAUUCGCCUGCACUCCAUACACUGUGUCAUUGAACUUGGAAAGCCGUUCGGCUCAAGAGAGAACCCCCCAUCUUCCCUCUGAUCCUGAGCCGAUCUCACGCGCCCAUUCCUUCAACCUCUCCCCUCUGAUCCCUUACUCUUCCUUAUCUCCAAUCCUACUCUUCUUCCGAACCCACUUCUCUAUCCAUUUCAACUCCUUCUGGUGAGUCCGCCAGUGCGGUGUGUCUAGGCAAGACAUAAAACAAAAUGUCUAAAUCAUCCCCCUUCGCACCAACCCCUCAAAACCUUUCUCGACCCGCAUCUCCAGGAGGUUAUUCACUCUCUUUGGACAAAGAAGAAGAUAGACAAGGACUCAUGAUGAGUGCCUUGACGGGUAAAGAUAGAGAGAAAGAUAGAGAAAAGGAGAAAGAAGCGUUACAUCCUCCUUCAGCUAGGGAUCAAGCUUUCCCUAUAAUUUCAUACUGUUGUGCUAGUAUCUUGAUGACUGUGGUUAAUAAAUACGUCGUAUCUGGGCGUCACUUCACCAUGACCUUUUUACUUCUUGCUAUACAAUCUGCAGUUUGUGUGCUGGCCGUUUGGGGUGCGAAGCGUGCUGGGUUCAUUACAUUCCGCGAUUUCGACAAGAACGAUGCUAAGGCGUGGUGGCCCAUCUCCUCGCUCCUUGUGGCCGUCAUCUACACUGGGUCAAAAUCUCUCCAAUUCCUGUCUAUUCCUGUAUAUACUAUAUUCAAGAACCUCACUAUCAUUCUCAUAGCAUACGGGGAAGUGUUCAUGUUCAACGGAAUCGUCACUGGCCUCACUUUUGCGGCAUUUUCUUUGAUGGUCGGAUCAUCGGUUAUAGCUGCUUGGGCGGAUAUAUCAGCUGCUUGGAAUACACCGCCAACGUUGGAUCCGACCACGGGACUCGAGCUGGUUGCUACCGAGUAUACCAUUGGGGGUGUCAAUGCUGGUUAUCUUUGGAUGGCGUUGAACUGCUUGGCUUCUGCUGCCUAUGUCCUCUUCAUGCGCAAACGCAUCAAGAUCACCGGCUUCAAAGAUUGGGACUCGAUGUUCUACAACAACCUUCUGUCCAUCCCCAUACUCGUCGUAUUCUCCGUUCUUAUAGAAGAUUGGGGUGCCGAAUCGAUAUCCCUCAACUUCCCCGCUUCCAACCGUGUUGCUCUUCUCUCCGCUAUCGCCCUGUCCGGGGCAGGUGCGGUCUUCAUUUCAUACUCCACUGCAUGGUGUGUCCGCGUGUGUGGCAGUACCACCUAUUCCAUGGUCGGUGCGCUGAACAAACUGCCCGUUGCGGCUAGUGGGAUGAUUUUCUUCCGUGAUCCCGUAAAUUUCGGAAAUGUCAGUGCUAUCGGCGUGGGAGGAUUAGCUGGAAUUGUUUUCGCUGUGGCCAAGACAAACCAGGCCAAGGUGGAUGCAGCCAACAAAGCUCGUAUAGCGGGUGGUGCGAGACCAUAGCGGAUCGUCGUUUGAUCAAUAGAUGGAUGGGUCAAGGGGAUAUCAUCUCUUUCGGAGUGUAGACGUGAGUGAUAUUCAUAGAAUUAAUCAUACCUGUGCAUUCUUGGCGUCUUU